GUUCUUCUGUGCUUCAUCCUGUACGCCCUGACAGGCAUCUUCGGCUACUUUGACUUUGGCAGUCGCGCAACCGUCUCCGCUCUGCUGCUGUACGACCCAGUCAAGGAGCCGGCGGUGAUGGUGGGAUACGUUGGCGUGCUGGUGAAGCUGUGCGCCUCCUAUCCGCUUCUCAUCAUGAUCACCCGAAACUCCCUCUACCACAGUUUUGGGUGGAACCCCGACACGCUGCCGUUUUGGAAACACUGUAUCUUCGUCAUCAGCCUCGCUGUUGCUUCGCUGCUUUGCGGCCUGUUCAUCCCAAAGAUCAACACGGUGUUUGGUCUCAUUGGUGCGUUCUGUGGCGGUAUAUUGGCCUUUAUUCUUCCCUCUCUCCUGAUGAUGUACGGCGGUAACUGGUCGCUGCGGUCGGUUGGAUGGAUGCACUACACCUUCACGUACGUGAUGCUUCUCGCCGGUGUUGCGAUGAUGGUGUUCGGCACGGGCGCCACCAUCUACAGCGCUGUGAAGGGCGACUGA